AUGUCUCUCACCGCUGAGCAGCAGGAAAACUUUGAGGACAUCGAGAAGCAGUUCGCCGUCAAGGCUGUCCAGCACAUGACCACUUACUGGUCCAUUCUCGAGAAGGUCCCGGGCUCUAAGCUUCGCCUCACCAAGAUCGACGACGAGAUCUACGAGCAUUUCAAGAAGGAGUUCCCCGACUACGACCCCAAGGCCACCAUCAAUGAGGAUGAGAUGAAGAGUAAGACAGGCAAGGAGCGCUGGAGAAACUUCAUCAACCAAUACGAGAAGAAGGUUGACGACUUCAACUUUGGCACCCUCUUGCGCACCAACCCUGCUUUUGAGUACGGCCAGGACGAAACCAUCUUCGCUGUUCGUAUGCAGUUCUACGCACUUGAGAUCCUGAGAAAUCGCGAAGGUCUGAAUGACUGGGUUUACGAGAAGGCUCAAGGCCAGAAGGCAUCUUGA